UAGUACACAAAGAAAGUUUUGAGCCUCAAGCAAGAAGGAGCAGGAGGGUGUUCCUAAACCGUCAUCUAGCCUCCUAAUAGCGAUGGGAGUUAUUCAAAGCCCAUCCUUAUUUCAGAUGUCAGGGAUUUGACAUUGAGAGUCCGACUUUGUGAAUUAUUUCCGUUCUGUUUCAUCUUCAUCAUCAAACGCUUUAUGGAUAUCUCCAUCUUAAUUGGAUUGUUAUUAAUGGAAUAAACACAAUGGCAUCAAACAGAAGGAUAUUGAUCACCUUUUCUUCAUUAAUUAUCAUUCUCCAUUUGACGAGGAAAGCUGAUGGUUGGGGAGCUUCUUGUUCUCAGGGGCCACCGGGAUCCCCUGGGCCUUCAGGACCACCAGGACCUGCAGGUAGUCCAGGUGAUGGUGAACUCUUAGAAUAUAACAACUGGAAACAGUGUGCCUGGUACUCCGCUAAUGGCAAUGACUAUGACACUAUUUAUACCUGUACUUUCACGAAGAGACAGAGUGACUCAGCUCUCUGGGUCUACUAUGGUGGAAACAUUCGUCUUUAUGGAUGUAGUGGAUGCUGUAAAAGAUGGUACUUUACUUUCAAUGAUAAUGAAUGUUCACCUACACCUAUUGAUGGUAUAGUCUACCAAGCCAAUACAUACUACAUGAACCUGCACAGGCACAGGAGCAUUUCAGGAUACUGUCACACGGUCGGAGCUGGAUCAGUCAAUGUGAAAUUUUUGGUAGGAGACUGCCCGGGAUAUGGGAACUACGAUGCAUACACAGGAUGGAACAGCGCAUCACGAAUCAUCAUCAAAGAGGUCCCUAAAUCAUCGUAUGGAUACUAGUUUGAUCAAUAAAAUUUGACAAUGAGCUCGAAGAAAUUGAACAACAGUGUUACAACUACCGAAAGCCAUAUCGUGUCCCCAUCAUGGUUUCUUUUCAGCCUGUUAUAGAUGUAAAAUGUGGAAAGAUUGUGCUCCAACAUGCUACUUCUCAACUUAUUGUACAUAUGAAAUCCGGAAGGUUUUAAAACUGACAAUAUCGCGGAUCACUAGAUUGCAUGACCGAUGACAAUUUUGUUUCUUAAUUCCGAAUUAAUGCAUUUCGAAAUCACAAAUUGUUUCUCGACGUCCGUAGCAUAAUGAAUCCACAGGAAAACUUACUACAAAGCUAGGAAAUAUCAAAGUUCCUGAUCAUCCCACCGCUGCCACUGUUUUGGCAGUACGCGUUCGUAGAACGGAUGGAUAACGAACUUUCAAUAUAUUUAGUCAAAUUUUCAAUUUACAAACAGAACUGUAAAUUUGCCAUUGCGUUAAAAGCGAUAUUCAAUUAAUAUCAAUGAUAUCUACUUAAGAUGUGGACACACUGAUUGGUGAUUUUCUUGUUAAUCCGACGUUGAUAGGGUUGACUUUUUUCAUAAUUACGAGAGUUAUGACUCAUUCUGAUAUUAUCAGAUUGUCAGAUUUAUUUCAAAACUUCUAGGAAAUUAUUAUCGUGAAUAGAUUUUAGAUUACAUUGAUUAGUUUUCAAUCUUUUCAUCGUUAUUGCAAAUAAAGCGCUAGUUCUUUUUGGUUAUUAACUCGUUCUUACCUCUUUUCGGUUGUUCCGUUACACCUGUUGUUGACUAUUAGUAGUAUACAGAUUUUAU